AGCGGUGGGCGGAGACCCAAGAUGGCGGCCGUGGUGCUAGCGGCGACGAGACUGCUGCGGGGCCCGGGCCCCUGGGGCGGCGCGCGGCUGAGGUUCGAAGCCCCUGCAUGCAGGCAGUUCAGUAGUGGCGGUGCCUAUCCCAGCAUCCCCCUCUCUUCUCCCUUACCCGGAGUACCCAAGCCUGUUUUUGCUACAGUCGAUGGACAGGAAAAGUUUGAAACCAAAGUUACCACACUGGAUAAUGGGCUUCGCGUGGCAUCCCAAAAUAAGUUUGGACAGUUUUGUACGGUAGGAAUUCUUAUUAAUUCAGGAUCAAGAUAUGAAGCAAAAUAUCUUAGUGGAAUUGCUCACUUUUUGGAAAAAUUGGCAUUUUCGUCUACUGAUCGAUUUAACAGCAAAGAUGAAAUCUUGCUUACCCUGGAAAAGCAUGGAGGUAUUUGUGACUGCCAGACAUCAAGAGACACCACCAUGUAUGCUGUGUCUGCUGAUUCUAAAGGCCUAGACACCGUGGUUGGCUUGCUGGCUGACGUGGUCCUGCACCCCAGGCUAACAGAUGAAGAACUUGAGAUGACUCGAAUGGCUGUCCAGUUUGAGCUGGAGGACAUCAACAUGCGGCCUGACCCAGAACCACUUCUCACCGAGAUGAUUCACGAGGCUGCUUACAGGGGAAACACAGUUGGCCUCCACCGUUUCUGCCCCACAGAAAAUAUCGCAAAGAUUGACCGAAAAGUACUUCAUUCCUACCUGAGAAACUACUAUACCCCAGACCGCAUGGUGCUGGCUGGGGUGGGAGUCGAGCACGACCACCUGGUGGAAUGCGCCAGAAAGUACCUCCUGGGAACCCAGCCAGCCUGGGGAAGUGAGAAGGCUGUCGAUGUUGAUAGAUCUGUAGCACAGUACACCGGGGGGAUUGUCAAGCUGGAAAAAGACAUGUCCAGUGUCAGCCUGGGCCCAGCCCCGUUCCCCGAGCUCACGCACAUCAUGAUAGGGCUGGAGAGCUGCUCCUUCUUGGAGGGAGACUUCAUCCCCUUUGCUGUGCUGAACAUGAUGAUGGGAGGAGGUGGAUCCUUCUCAGCCGGCGGGCCUGGCAAGGGCAUGUUCACCCGGCUCUAUCUCAAUGUGCUCAACAGGCACCACUGGAUGUACAAUGCAACCUCCUACCACCACAGCUACGAGGACACGGGCCUCCUGUGCAUUCACGCCAGUGCCGACCCUAGACAGGUUCGAGAAAUGGUGGAAAUCAUCACGAAGGAGUUCAUUCUGAUGGCUGGAACUGUGGAUGUGGUGGAGCUGGAGCGAGCCAAGACGCAGCUGAUGUCCAUGCUCAUGAUGAACCUGGAGUCCAGGCCUGUGAUCUUCGAGGACGUGGGGAGACAAGUGCUGGCCACGUGUUCCAGAAAGCUGCCCCAUGAGCUGUGCGCGCUCAUCCGCAAUGUGAAGCCAGAAGACAUCAAGAGAGUUGCUUCUCAAAUGCUCCGCAGGAAGCCUGCCAUGGCCGCGCUGGGUGAUUUGACUGACCUGCCGACCUACGAGCACAUCCAGGCGGCGCUGUCGAGCAAAGACGGGCGCCUGCCCAGGACAUACCGGCUCUUCCGGUAGAGGCCCUCCGGGACCCCACGCGGGCUGAGAGCUGUGGAUAGAGCGCAUUUUUAUACAGGUUUUCUGGAUGUGAACUUAGUGCAAAAACUCAUAAACGGUGCA